UUGGAGGCUUUUUGAAACGUUGCAGGACGUCCAGGAUGGAGUUGCAUCACUUUAAAGUGUCACACACAAUAGAUACUCGGAAAUCAUAAAGCAGUCUGGAUAGUGUUUUAUUCCUUUUAGUGAUCCGGAUAUAGUCCUGUUUACUGGCGAUUAUUUUAGAGCUUUAAGCAGGAACUUUAUAGACUUUGUUCUGGAUGUCUGUCCGGUUUGUCUGAACAGUCGUACGCGUCACAUCAGCCUUUCAGAGCAGCGAUCGUCUUCAAAUGGAAAAAUUUCAAAUAGCCGAGAGUCCCCCUCAGCAGAAUGGAGUCACCCAGACCAGCCCCGCCCACUACAGCUCCAUUACCCCCUCAGCUCCUGAAGAGGAACCCAUUUCCACCUACUUUGAGGAGAAGAUCCCGGUCCCUGAAGAUGUCACACAGGUGUUCAGCUUUCGUAAGCUGUGGGCAUUCACAGGGCCUGGCUUUCUCAUGAGCAUUGCUUAUUUGGACCCGGGGAACAUAGAAUCUGAUCUUCAGUCAGGAGCAAAAGCUGGAUUUAAACUCUUAUGGGUACUUCUGGGGGCCACCAUUAUUGGACUUUUGCUGCAGCGACUGGCUGCACGACUGGGUGUUGUCACUGGGAUGCACUUGGCAGAGGUCUGCAACAGACAGUACCCAACUGUGCCUCGUAUCAUCCUGUGGCUGAUGGUGGAACUGGCCAUCAUUGGCUCGGACAUGCAGGAGGUCAUCGGCUGUGCCAUUGCCUUCAAUCUGCUAUCUGUUGGCCGGAUUCCACUGUGGGCUGGAGUCCUCAUUACCAUCAUUGACACAUUCGUAUUCCUCUUUUUGGACAAGUACGGUUUGCGGAAGCUGGAAGCCUUCUUUGGGUUCCUGAUCACCAUCAUGGCCCUCAGCUUUGGAUAUGAGUAUGUACGAGUGGCUCCGGAUCAGGGUGAGGUUCUGAAGGGCAUGUUUGUUCCGUACUGUGAAGGCUGCGGUCCUGUGCAGUUAGAACAGGCUGUUGGGAUAGUUGGAGCGGUCAUCAUGCCUCACAACAUCUACCUGCACUCGGCUCUGGUUAAGUCACGGCAGGUUGAUCGAGCCAACAAGAAGGAGGUGAAAGAGGCCAACAAGUACUACUUCAUCGAGUCCAGCAUCGCCCUCUUCGUCUCCUUCCUCAUCAAUGUCUUUGUGGUGGCCGUCUUUGCUGAAGCUUUUUAUGACAAGACAAAUAUGGAAGUGAAUCAGCAGUGUAAUGAAACUGGAAGUCCUCACACGGAUCUCUUCCCGCUCAACAAUGAAACUCUUCAAGUUGACAUCUACAAAGGGGGUGUAGUGCUGGGCUGUUUCUUUGGUCCAGCAGCUCUUUAUAUUUGGGCAGUUGGGAUUCUUGCUGCUGGACAGAGCUCUACCAUGACCGGGACAUAUUCUGGACAAUUUGUCAUGGAGGGCUUCCUUAACCUGCGUUGGUCUCGCUUUGCGCGGGUGUUAUUGACUCGCUCCAUUGCCAUCUUUCCCACUCUGCUGGUAGCGAUCUUCCAGGAUGUGCAGCAUCUGACUGGCAUGAACGAUUUCCUCAAUGUGCUGCAAAGCAUGCAGCUUCCGUUUGCUCUAAUCCCGAUUCUGACGUUCACCAGCCUCACGUCGAUAAUGAACGACUUCGCUAAUGGACUGGUGUGGAAGAUUGGUGGGGGAGUAACUAUCCUACUAGUCUGCGCAAUAAACAUGUACUUUGUGGUGGUCUAUGUGACGGCCCUCAACAGUGUACUGCUGUAUGUCCUCUCAGCUCUGCUGUCCAUUGCUUACCUGUGCUUCGUUGGAUACCUGGUGUGGCAUUGUCUGAUCGCCCUGGGUGUCUCCUGUCUGGAUGUAGGUGGCAGGAUUCAGGUGGGGCAGGCUCGCCACAUCGAUAUUUACCUGCUGAAUAACAUGGACGGUGACUGUCUAGAGGAGAAUUAACAGAAUGUAAGGAACAUUUUGUUUUUGUUGGUGUUUUAUGUACACGUCCCAGUACAUGAGGAAACUGGACUGGACCGACUACUGGAACUCACCCUGAGCUGCUGUGUCCGCUCUAAAGUGACCUUGCAGGUGAAACUGCAGAUUGCAGCUGUUACGGUAUUCCUGUUUGGGAAUGACAUGAUAAUGAUGUCAUCUGUUUAAGUGAAGAUAAUUUAAGAGUUUUUAUUGAUUCACUCAUCGUAUGAACUCGAUUCAGUUCCCUCACUAAGAAUUGACUAGUUCUAUUAGUCUGAGACCUAGAGUCAUUAUAGCGACUGUUACCAGCAUCUGCUUUUAUUAAUACUAUUAGUAGUAAUAAUAAUAGAACAAACCACCAUCAUAACACUGAAAUACUGAUAUUUAACAGUUUAAAUUUGGUUUUCAUGAAAACUGGCAUUUUUUUAACCUCCAGUGUCAACCAAGGACCAACCCAAAACUGCCUCUGUUCUCAUCUGAAGUGAUGAACUUUUGUCUUGCUUCCAAAAGAGGAGUAGGUUUCAUGUCUAUUUUAAGAGCACUUGUUUAAAAUCAACCUCUAAAAUGUUGCGCAGAAGUCGUCUUUUGAAAUGACCAGUUGAUCCCAAUCGCACUUCCACGUUUGGUGAUUUUACUGUAUAUACACACAGUACUGUGCAAAAGUCAGGGACCCUUCACGGGUUUCAUUUCCAGUCAAAACAGCCUUUAAGUUCAAGUUAGACAUCGCUCAGGAGAUGUUUGUGAGGAGAUUAGAUAUUAGAUAAUUAACUUAAUGGAGGAGAAAGUCAAAAAGAAAUUGAGUUUCCAAAACUGAAGGAUUAAAAUCUACAGAGAAAAUGAGACUC